AUGAAUAAAAAGAGAGAACGGUGCUAUUGUUCCUUGGUCUGGUGUCUGUGUGUCUGUGUGUGGGUGGGUGUGGAAUACAGGCUGAUUCACGUAUAUUACGUUCACAUGGCCUCCGCCUUCCUGUUUGCUUCGGGGAUGCUCUCCUUCCUUUUAUAG